UUUCGAAAGUUAGUAUUGUGGGAUUAGUCGCUCACUGAUUGACAUCGGAGUUGCGCUAAAACAAGUGCCCACUUUCAAGUUAAGAUGCUUCAACGCUUGGUUAAUAUUUUUGUCUACGUUUUGCUUGGCAUCACGCUGCAAGCAACUGUUGGUCUGACCUCAGACAUCAAUGAUCCAUACUUUGUUGCUGGAGUGGUGGAAUUUCGUCCCGAUUUUAUCGGGCUAACGACAGCUCAGCUAAUUGCCAAUCAUACAGCUGCAUACAAAGAAAUACUCGCAUCACCUGAGGCGCUCGAAACGGACAUUGUUGUCUUUCCCGAGGGCACACUGAACAAUGAUUUCCAGCCCACCUAUGUGCCAGCGGCAGAAGACGCUGUAAUACCAUGUCUGCUGGCCAACCAGAGUAGUCGCUAUGAAGACUUCUUGGUGGAGCUAUCCUGUGCAGCGCGAACGAACCGUAAAUAUUUGGUUAUCAAUUUAACGGAAAAGGAGAAUUGCGCUGACAAUGCAGCAUUCGAUCCGCGACCAUGCGCCACAAAUGGACUCAACAUUUACAACACGAAUGUGGUGUUCGAUCGCGAGGGGCGUGUCAUAUCACGCUAUCGCAAGGUGAAUAUCUAUGUGGAGCGAAAAAAUACCACUUAUCAGCCAGAGUAUGCCAUAUUCGAUACGGAUUUCGGUGUGCGAUUUGCGCAAUUCAUCUGCUUCGAUUUACUCUUCUACACGCCAGCCGAGGAGCUGGUGGUUAAGUAUGGCAUUAAGAAUGUCAUAUUCACCGCGAGUUUCAUCUCCGAGACGCCUUUUCUAACCGCCGUGCAGCUGCAACAAUCCUGGGCUUGGGGCAACAAUGUAACGGUACUUGCUGCUGGCUCUAGUUAUCCGCUCUCUGGUGCUACAGGCUCUGGCAUUUAUGCGGGUAGUAGUGGCAGCUUGACAGCAACAAUGGUCGGCAAUGUGGGUGUGCGCCAACUCCUGGUAGCAAAAGUGCCCAAAAACGAGCAAACAAGUAGUCGCCUUGAAGCUGUGAAUACGAGGCAAUUCGCUGCUGCAUCAACAGCGCCCCUAACCGGCUUAAGAUUGCUGCGUGAUCCACAACUGGACAAUUUCCAUUCACAGCUGCUUAACUUAACCGCCUCGUCUGUGAUCGCAUUGCAGCAGUGCGCCGAAGAUCUCUGCUGUACGCUGACAGCAGAGACUACAGCUAGUCAAAGCUCUUAUGGCAAUGGCAGCGCGGCUGGUGCUUAUCAAUACCGCUUUGGCGUCUUCACUGGUCAACGCUCUUACGAGAAGGAGCAAUACAGCACUGUAGCCAUUUGUGGAAUGUACGCCUGUACCGAUGACACCGUUGCCAGUUGUGGUCUUUUAUUCUCUGCAAAUACAACAAUACAGCCAGCGUUCGCUUUCAAGCGCCUAAAUAUUGCGGGUAGCUUUAAGAAGGCCGAACGCUUGCUGUUAAUGCCGAGCACUUUGAACUUGAACUUUUACUCGCUACAACCAGCGCAGGUAGCGUGGGAGGUUACUGAUAAAAGCAAAUCCUACGAGACUUCAAUUGAUUUAAAAGCUUCCGCAGACAAUCUGUUAACUUUUGGCAUCUAUGCAAACUACUAUGACAGCUCGGUGGCAUCGGGAUUGACUGGCUCCAUGUUGGUCCUGUUAUCAUGCUUACUGCUUUGGACUGGCACCUUUGCAAUUGAUUUUUUACAUAUAAGAUUGACUGACUGCUGAUUUUUCGUAGAAUUAAUUUAGCGGAAUUAAUGUAUGUCGGCGCAUUUAAUUGCAAAUAAAUUUCUGAUAUGGUUUGGAGUAAAUAUGUAUCUACAUAGGAACUUUUCGAAAACCAAAUGAUGUGAAUUAAAAAAAAAAUUAAUUAAAAAUAAUUAAAAUUAAAAUAAG